CCGAAUUGCGUUCAGGUCAUUGCUGGUACCAGCAAACAUAUUGUACGGUGAUUUGCGAAGUUAUUCGAAAAUUCAGUGCAGUGAUAGUGCCACCUCAACACAAUCAUGCUGAUCGUGCGUCUGAAGCUGCUGCUUCUGCUCCUCUGCGGACAUAGUCUUGCCCAUCCAGUGACCCUCACCGCCCGCGAAGAUACUUAUAGACUUAAUGGCGACUUCAUACCAACUGCAUAUACCAUUGACCUUACAGUUAAAGACGACUUUGCCACUACUAAGGUGUUUGAUGGGGUGGUCAAUAUUAAAAUAGACAAACCGAAAAAUGAUAAAUCGAAAAUAAUUCAAUUGCACAUGGAUGAAGAAAUAAAAAAAACUGUCAACAUUUCACUCAACAAUGUUAAAAUUGAGGAAGAUAAUUUAAAAUACAACACAAAUACUGAAAUUAUGACAAUUACGUUGGAUUCGGUACCCACUGCUGCAUUUGAAUUAAAAUUCGUCUACCGAGGAAAGCUAUACACAGACAGUUUAUAUGGAUUUUACUUGAGCAAACCUAGCGUUGACAAAACGAUUGCAACCACCCAGUUCCAACCGACUUAUGCACGUCGGGCAUUCCCAUGUUUCGACGAGCCUCAGUACAAAGCAACGUUUAAAAUUAGCAUUGUAGCUCCCGUGGGUUUUUCAGCGCUUAGCAAUCAACCUGGAACCGAAACCAACAACAAAUAUCAAUUUGAAGUAACUCCAAAAAUGUCAACUUAUUUGGUAGCGUUUGUGGUAUCAGAGUUUGUAGAAACCAAAAUCGAUGGAGAGACUGAUGAACUAGCUAUGUCAAUUUGGACACCAGAUUCAUUGAAAGGUCAAGCAAAUUACGCAAAAACACACUCACGCCACAUCAUUACGAAGUUGGAAGAACGGUUUGGCUACUCCUAUAAUGAAAUGGGCAUUCAUCACUUGGACCAGGUAGCAAUUCCAGACUUUGCCGCUGGGGCCAUGGAAAACUGGGGUUUGAUGACCUAUCGCGAUACUGCUCUUCUUACCACUGGAAAUGUUAAGAAAGAACAACAACGUGUGGCUAAUGUAAUUGCCCACGAGUUUGCCCACAGUUGGUUUGGUGAUUUGGUGACCACAAAAUGGUGGAGUGACACUUGGCUAAAUGAAGGAUUUGCAACAUAUUUUGAAUCGCACGGACUUGUUGGCAUUGAAGCAAUGGAGGAAUUUCAAUUAGAAAAGCAGUUCGUGCUUGAAGAUAUGCAUACUGUCAUGGAAAUUGAUGGUAAUGCUAAUGCUGGACCUCUGAGCAGCAAGGAAACCGAAGUCCAAACGGUAGAUCAGAUUCAAGGCAAGUUUGGAAGCAUCACGUACAGCAAGGGAGGAUCAAUCGUCCGGAUGAUGGAGAAAAUUGUUGGGGAAGAUAAAUUUAACAAAGUAUUGCAGGAAUAUCUCAGGGAAUUUGAAAGCGGAAAUACGGUGCCGGAUGACCUUUUCUCCAAAUUUGGUUCAAUCAAUAUUGAUAACAAAGCUGUACCGUUUAAAACAGUGAUGGAUGCUUGGAUUACCAAAUCUGGAUAUCCCGUGGUUACAGUCAGUUUAAAGAACGGAGCCGUUGAAGUAACACAAAAACAAUUUUUCUACGGUAAUGAUACCAGCGAUACGAAAUGGUAUAUACCAAUUCAUGUGGAUGUACUAUUAAGCGAUGAUUCAGUUACUACCGAUACUACUGCCGGUACCGACAGUAGCACCGAAUCUUCUACCGAUUCUAGCACUGAAAGUAGCAGUGAAUCUUCUAGCGAGUCCAGCUCUGAAAGUAGCAGCGAAUCCUCUAGCGAGUCUAGCUCUGAGAGUAGCAGCGAAUCUUCUAGCGAAUCUAGCUCUGAAAGUAGCAGCGAAUCCUCUAGCGAGUCCAGCUCCGAAAGUAGCAGCGAAUCUUCAAGCGAGUCCAGUUCUGAAAGUAGCAGCGAAUCCUCUAGCGAGUCCAGCUCUGAAAGUAGCAGCGAAUCCUCUAGCGAGUCUAGCUCUGAAAGUAGCAGCGAAUCUUCAAGCGAGUCCAGCUCUGAAAGUAGCAGCGAAUCUUCUACCGAUUCUAGCACUGAGAGUAGCAGCGAAUCUUCAAGCGAGUCUAGCUCUGAAAGUAGCAGCGAAUCUUCAAGCGAGUCCAGCUCCGAAAGUAGCAGCGAAUCUUCAAGCGAGUCCAGCUCUGAAAGUAGCAGCGAAUCUUCAAGCGAGUCUACCUCUGCAAGUAGCGGCGAAGAGCCCCCCGUUGAAACAUUAUCCAGAAAUAUCCGUUCAGCUAGAGCCGAAAGUGAAAUUCCAAAGUUCUUAACUCCUAAUGAAGAAACAAAAAUCAUUCUUGAUAAACUUGAAGAUAAUGAACUGGUCAUACUUAAUGCACAGAACUUUGGUUUCUUCAGAGUUAACUACGACGAUGCUUUGUGGGGUCGUAUUAUUAAGACGCUCAAAACAGAUCACAAUAAGAUUGACGUAAUAACUCGUGCGCAAUUGAUCAACGACGCUAUGAAUUUGGCUCGUGCCGGUCAACUGAAAUACAACGUUGCCCUGGAUCUUCUUCAAUACUUGGAGAAGGAGGAGGAGUACUAUCCAUGGAAGGCCGCUUUUACUGCAGUGUCCUACUUGAGAAAGCGAUUAGUGGACGAUGCUCUCAAUACCCAGAUUACCAACACCCUCAACAAAAUUAUGGAGAAAUUCUACAAUGACAACAAGGAUUUUACCACUGUUAAUCUAAAGGCUAUCAACGUUUACAAGAAAGUGCUGGCAUUAGAAUGGGCGUGCAAACUGGGAAAUACGGAGUGCAUUGAGAAUGCCAGUGGUUUGUUCCUACCCAAGACUCGUGCUGAUACCGUCGACCCUAAUCUGCAAAGCCUCGUAUACUGCUCUGGAAUGAGACACUCUUCAACUGAUGAAGACGAUUGGAAUACCUUGUGGACGAAAUUCACGACUUCUACGAACGCCGCCGAAAAAGCUACUCUCCUGGCUGCACUCGGCUGCACCCAAAACGAAAAACUCUUAAACAACUAUUUGAAGAAAUCUUUGAAAGGCACUGAUAUUCGUAAACAAGACGCCAGCAGCGUUUUCAAAGCUGUGAUUUCCGCUAACCCCGAUAAAGUUAAGCUGUCGAUGGAUUUCUUAGACACAAAUAUUGACAAAAUUAUUGAAACGUAUGGAUCCAUGGGAGCAUUAUCCAACGUUAUUCAGCAGGUUGCCGAUAGUAUUACCAAACAAGAUCAGCUAGAUACCUUCAAGAAAUUUGUUGAAAAAAAUGAGGGGAAACUUCAAGAAGCUGCGACUAUAGCAAAAAACGCAAUUGACGCCGCAUCAGCCAAUAUUCAAUGGGCAGACAAGGUGAAAGACGAGCUUGGUGAUGCCUUAAAUCCACCAACAGAUGACGGUGCCAAUAGUCUGGCGACUACCGGUUUCUUGGCACUACUUGCAUGCUUCGUGGCGCGAUUUGUUAUCGCUGUGGUAAAGAAAGGGUGCAAAAUGGACACCAUCAAAGUGAUGCACGUUCUGAUCGUGAUUAUCCUCGCCAUCAAACUUGUUGAUUCGCAGACAACGCAGACCAUCAACGUCCUUUACGUAAACGAAGAAGGUAAUCUUGUGGCGGAGAAAGCUGUGGAGGUGGCUCUGGAGUAUGUCAAACGCAAUAUCAAUGUAGGGAUCAAGGUUGAGAUUGAGCGCGUGGUGGGAAAUCGUACGGACGCUAAAGGCACUUUAGAUUCAUUAUGCCAGGUGUACACAGCGAUGGACGCUACCAAGAAGCCUCACCUUGUGUUGGACACCACCAUGACAGGCAUGGCUUCCGAAACGGUCAAGUCGUUCACGCAGGCACUGGCUUUACCAACAGUAAGUGGUUCCUUUGGUCAACCGGGUGACCUUCGACAAUGGCGGACUAUAGACGACACAGAAAAGAAGUACCUUAUACAAAUCAUGCCUCCGGGUGAUGUGAUCCCUGAAAUUGUACGGUCGAUUGUCCUGAAUCAAAACAUCUCCAACGCCGCCAUUUUGUAUGAUCCAUCUUUUGUGAUGGACCACAAGUUUAAAUCAUUAUUGCAAAACGUCGCGACGCGUCAUGUUAUUACGGAAAUCAAAGCAGAUCCCAAGGAGCAAAUUGAAAACCUUCGCAAACUUGAUAUUGUAAACUUUUUCGUCUUGGGCAGCUUGAAUAACAUCAAGUUGGUCCUUGAUGCGGGUAACGAAUUGAAAUAUUUCAAUCGUAAGUUUGCAUGGCACGCCAUUACUCAAGACAAGGGAGAUCUAAAGUGUAACUGUGACAAUGCUACCAUCAUGUUCGCAAAGCCCAUUUUGGACAAUCAGUAUCAGGACCGCAAUGGACAGAUCCGUACAGGUUUUCAGUUGAAUGCAGAUCCUGAGAUUGCAGCUGCUUUUUAUUUUGACCUUGCUCUGCACGCUUUUAUUGCUGUUAAGGAUAUGAUGACUGAUGGUGGAUGGCCAGCAAACUUUCAAUAUCUCAGCUGUGAUGAUUACAAUGGCAAAAACAAACCAGUCCGAACCAAUUUGGAUCUAAAAAAAUACAUUGAAAAGGAUUGGACCGAGAAUGCUCCCCCAACAUACGGACCAUUCCUCAUCAAAGAAAACGGAGAAAGCCAGAUGAAAUUUGCAAUGAGUUUAACAGCAGUUGGUAUCCGCGGGUCUUCUUCUGAUAAGUCAAUACCAUUGGGGCAAUGGGACGCUGGAUUUAACAAUCCUCUUGUUUUGACAGAUGCUGCGUCCAUGACGAAUUACACUGCGGACGUAGUUUACCGAAUCUCCACUGUGAUUCAAGAGCCGUUCAUAUUUAGAGACAAAAGUCAUAGGAGUGGUUUCAAUGGAUAUUGCAUUGAUCUCAUUGACGAAAUCGCAAAAAGCUUGAAAUUUGACUACGAAAUCACAGUUGUUAGUGAUGGCAAGUUUGGAAACAUGGACGACAACGGUCAGUGGAACGGCGUUGUUAAAGAACUAAUGGAGAAACGAGUUGAUAUUGGUCUAGGCUCCAUGUCCGUCAUGGCAGAACGAGAAAACGUCAUUGACUUUACCGUACCAUACUACGAUCUUGUUGGUAUUACAAUUCUCAUGAAACUCCCUGAACAACAAACAUCCCUGUUCAAAUUUUUAACUGUGCUUGAACACAGUGUAUGGCUGUGUAUCCUGGCCGCCUAUUUUUUCACCAGUUUUCUGAUGUGGGUCUUUGAUCGUUGGUCCCCGUACAGCUACCAAAACAAUCGUGAAAAGUAUAAGGAUGAUGAAGAGAAACGUGAAUUCAACUUGAAAGAGUGUCUCUGGUUUUGUAUGACUUCAUUGACACCUCAGGGCGGUGGUGAAGCACCUAAAAAUCUAUCUGGUCGACUUGUUGCUGCUACGUGGUGGUUGUUUGGUUUUAUUAUCAUUGCAUCCUACACGGCUAACUUAGCUGCGUUCUUGACUGUGUCUAGGUUGGACACACCCGUUGAAUCUUUGGACGAUUUGUCUAAACAGUAUAAAAUUCAGUAUGCUCCUUUGAAUGGUUCCUCGGCGAUGACUUACUUCCAGAGAAUGAACGACAUUGAAUAUCGAUUCUAUGAAAUUUGGAAGGAUAUGAGUUUGAACGAUUCACUCUCGGACGUUGAGCGUGCCAAGUUAGCAGUGUGGGAUUAUCCAGUUUCAGAUAAAUAUACUAAAAUGUGGCAGGCUAUGAAGGAAGCUGUUUUGCCAAAUACUUUGGAAGAAGCUGUGGCGCGAGUUCGCAAGAGUCCGACGUCCAGCGAAGGAUUUGCCUAUCUGGGAGAUGCUACCGAUAUCAAAUUUCUUAAACUCACCAAUUGCGACCUUCAGAUGGUCGGAGAAGAGUUUUCUAGGAAACCUUAUGCUAUCGCCGUGCAGCAAGGAUCUCCAUUGCGUGAUCAAUUCAAUACAGCAAUUCUACAGUUGUUAAACAAACGCCAAUUGGAACGCUUCAAAGAAAAAUGGUGGACCAACAAUCCAAAAACAGUCGAGUGUAAACAACAAGAUGACCAAUCGGACGGUAUCAGCAUUCAAAACAUCGGUGGUGUGUUCAUUGUCAUUUUCGUCGGCAUUGGCUUAGCUUGCGUCACACUUGCAUUCGAAUACUGGUGGUACAAAUAUCGCAAAGGAUCCAAGAUCAUAUCAGUUCAAGAGGCGUCGUCACCCAACGCGCCUGCCACUAAACCGAUCCCCAACAAGUUGAUGGAUAGAUUUGGAGGGACGCCUAAAGAUCGUGAUACCUACCCGAGGUCACGCUUCUAAGCACAAACAUUUACGUUCAUGCAGCCGUGUUGAAGGGGACCAAAGAAACUCCUUAGUAUUUUUUAAUCGCUUUUAACGUUGAACGCGCACAAUGAUUACAAAAUACUUUGUAAUAGAUGUUAACGCACAAGCAAUUCCUCCAAACAAGCGAUUGCGGUUUAAAAUUACUUAUCUCUGUUAGGACGCACAAUUUUUAAACAAGUCUCGCUGGAGUUAGUUGAGUGAACAACGUGUUUCUAAUAAAAAAAAAACUUGUUUAUUUACAGUUUGGAACAAAAAAAUACUUAAUUAUCGUUAAAAUUAUAAAGUACGUGUCUCUUUUCAUGUAUAAUCUUUCAAAUUUGCGUAAAUUUUUUAAACUACCUGGGUAUUAUGUUUGCAAAACGUAUUGGUAAAUUGUAUGGUACGAUUCGUUCUUCUGGGUACAUCAAAAACAUAGUUCAAUAAUCUAAAUCUACUCCUACUACUGCUUGGUAUCUAAAUAGUUUAGAAAAAUAAAUAAAUCACACAUAUUCA